AUGGACUUCUCCGAUAUCUUGUGGGUAGAACGCUACGACUCUGCUAAUCGCGAUCCCGUCCUCAGGUCUUUGNGAGGAAUCAGCCAAUUCUUCCCUGAAGUCAGCGUCCGAGGCACCAUCUGCGCCAUCUACAUUAUCCUGUUUGGUCUUGCCAAUGCUCUUCNNUUGGUUCGCGGCACCCUUCGAUCAAGCACGACACAUCUAACCAGCCAUGCAGAGUUCCAAAUCCCACCUCAGAUCGCCAGAUAUGCAUCCUUCAUGUUCUCGUUCAUCGGACGCGGUGUUNUGUACGGCACACGAGCUCUUGAAUUGACAACGGCACAAGCUGACGAACAUGGGAUAGUCUACAUCUUUAUCGGAGGGCUUUGCUUCUCAGGCCAUUGGACCAAAUACAUUAUUGGCGGCAUCAUCAUACUUGUGGGUAUGGUCUAUGUCGCCCUCGAAUACGUACCCAGCAUUGAGCCUCCGGCCAACAUGAGGGAUGCUGAUGCCGGCUGGGGAGCCGAGCAAGUGUAG